UAUAUAUUGAGCAGCUUAGAGAGUUUUCGUCACAUGCACUUCUGCAACAUGAAGAUCCUCAUUGCAGUCAGUAUUGCUCUUUGCAUUUUGCAUGGGGAUAUAGUUUCUUUUGCUGAAAAUGAAGCGAAAGAAGAAGAACAUUUUAGAAACAGAAGGGAAGUAAAUAGUCUUGGAUCUAUAGACUGCAAAAUGAGUCCAUGGUCUCACUGGAGCAAGUGCUAUCCAUGCUCAGGCAAAAAAUUCCGCUCACGAUCUAUCAUCGAAUUUGGGCAGUUCAAAGGUUUAACCUGCAAUCAACCUCUUGGUGACAGUGAACCAUGCAAAACACCGGACAUUUGUAUUGAGGAGGUCCCACAGUGCAGUGCGGGACAGUUUACAUGUGAUUCAGGACGUUGCAUUAAGCAAAGAUUGGAGUGCAAUGGAGACAAUGAUUGUGGAGAUUAUUCUGAUGAGAACUGUGAUGAAGAAGCAAAAAAGCCUCCAUGCCGCAAUUUAGAUAUUGACGUCUCUGAACUUGGAAGAACAGCUGGAUAUGGUAUCAACAUACUUGGAAUGUCUCCCCGGUCCCUUCCUUUUGAUAAUGAGUUCUAUAAUGGAAUCUGUGACAGAAUAAGAGAUGGAAACACUCGACAAUAUUUUCGAAAACCUUGGAACACUGCAACUCUAUUGUAUCAGACUCAAGUGGAUGAUUCAUUUACUCAAGAAAUAUAUGAAGAUACGACUUCAUUGGUUAAGGAUAUUUUACAGAAAUCUAGUCACUCAUUUAACAUUGGAUUAUCUUUCAAAUUUGAACCAACAGAGAACUUAAAAUCAAAUUCAACAGCUAACAUCAACUUCAACUACAAUAAAUCUGAAAGCUUGAGAACAUUUGAGCAGUACACCAAUUCUAAGAACAAGGCAUUUCUGAGGGUGAAAGGAAACAUUCAGCUAGGAACAUUCCGUAUACGGACCCGCGAACCUAUGUUAACAGACACAUUUGUAGAGGACUUAAAAUAUCUUCCACCGGGAUAUGAAAAAGGAGAGUACUUCCGUUUCUUUGAAGACUAUGGCACACAUUAUGCUAGCUCAGGAAAGGCUGGAGGCCAUUAUGAUCUUGUCUAUGUGUUGGACACAGAAAAGAUGAAACAAUUCAAAACUGAAACAAAAGAAGUUGUUGAAUGUCUUGGAUACGGUCUUGGUUUGAAUGUAGACAAGAUCUCAUCUGAUUUAUUAAAAUUUCAUGGAGAACAUUGCCCCCAUAAAGAUAAGAUCUACGCAGAAGGGUCACACAAUACAUCAGCAAUCAUUGGUGAUAUAGUUUCUUUAGUCCAAGGUGGCACUGUAGAAUUUGCAGCAAGUUUCAACUCGAAAUUAAAAGAGAAAUUUGUGGUAGAUAUGGAGACCUAUGUGAACUGGGCUAAAUCCCUUAAUGAUGGACCAGUAUUGACAGAAACUACACCAUCUCCAAUUUACACUUUGCUGCCACCUGAUAUGCCGCAUUUCUCUGAAAAGAAGGCAAACAUUCAGCGAGCUCUGGAUGACUACAUAGCAGAGUACAGUGUGUGCAAGUGCAGGCCAUGCAAGAAUGGAGGCACAGCCACAUUGGUGAAUGGUGAAUGCAUCUGUCUCUGCACUUUUCAUUAUAAGGGAAUUGCAUGUGAAAUUAAGAAACCUGAAGUCCCAAAAGAUUCUCCAAAUGUCCAAAUGGGAAACUGGAACUGUUGGUCUAACUGGUCUGAAUGCAAAGGUAGUCAACACACACGCUCUCGCACCUGCAACUCGGGAGGAUUUGGAGGCACUUGUAACGGUGAAAGUGUUAUGUCUGAAUACUGUUAAAGACAACAUUUCUGCUUGAAAGAAUUACUGUACAUCUUCAAGACAGAAAAAGAAACACAAGGAUAAUGAAAUCAGGAGUCAUCAACAAAAACCAAAGCUAAUUUUUUUAAAAUAAUAAAUAGAUAUACGUUGUGUCUGUUUUUGUCAGGUAAUAAAAAAGUACCCAAAUUAA